UACUGUAAAAAAAUAAACUAUGCAAUAUUUUUUUUUUUACAUUUUACAGAAAAUUCACUGUUUAUUUACUUGAUUCAAGUUCUAUAUAUUUGGUUAUAUUUAUUUAUGAAAGAGUUAAUGGUUAACAUAAGCCUAAAUAACAUUUAUUUGUCAUAAAAGUUGGAUAAUGACAUUUUGGUAACCAUUGGUGGUACGCCAAUGACUCUGGUACAGAAGGUCAGGGUUCGAUUCCAGGUCAUCCCAAUGUGGGCCCUUAGGCAAGGUCCUUAUUGAUACCUGCCUCGAUGAUUGUAAGUCGCUUUGGACAAAAAGCGUCAGCAAACGAAUGUAAUAAUUCUAUAUUAUAUGUAAUAUAUAAUAUUGGCCAAAGUUUCUGUAUCGAAAAUCUUGUACUCCCCAAUAGCCACCAAAAGCGCAUCGGUCGGGCCCUGGAAGUAUAUUGAGCGGGAGCGGUGGAGCCCUUUGCAAGGAGGGUGUCUUGGCUGUUUGGUGCACAUUCCAACCCAGUCCAGAAUCCAGUGCCACGUGUUGUUGUUGUUCAUUGAGCUGAAAGGGAUCUUGGAGCAGACUUUGCUGGAGGACCUGCCAAGAACAUGUCCCACGACAGCUCAACCAACGUGAAGCAGACGGUGGUCGUCAUGGCCACGGCGGAAGAAUGGUCAUCUUUUAAAUCUCUGCUGCAGGACAGCUCCGGGGACGAACGCCACCAGGUAACGUUCAGUUCCCUGGGAUCGAUCCAAGUCUGCAACUUAGCGGUGCGCGGUCGCUUGAUCGACAUACACUAUGCAGAUUUAAAAGAGGACAUGGCACAGGAGGGCGUCAGCCGUGCAAUAAAUGGCUGCUUCAAGUCUUGCACAGGAGGAAUCAUUUCCUUUCUGCUGCUGAUCCGAGGUGGAUACUAUGCAAAGAGAGAAAGAAGAAUCAUAGAGAUCCUGCAGGCAGAGUUUGGACCCGAGGCUCUGAGAUACCUUGUGAUUCUCUCUCUGGAAGACGGAGAAGUGGCUGACACGCUGGACGACUCCCUGCUGGAGCUGAUUCACACGUGCGACGGAAGAUACUGCCGCCUCACGUCGUCGUCUGCAGCGGACAAGAUGCACGCGCUGCUCGAGGUGAUCGACAACAUGCUCGCCGGAGACGGCGCGACCGGCUACACCCAGGCCACGCUGGCCGAGGCGAGGAGAAGGGUCGCGGACGACUCGGCCAUGAAGAUGCUGCAGCGGAAGGUGCAGGAGGCGGAGGAGAGGGAGCGGGCUUUGGAGCAGCUGGUCCUGCAGCAAGAGGAGAGGAGAGCCAGAGAAAUGGAUGAGCUCAAGGCCGAGCAUGCUGAGGAGAGAAGGAAGGAGGCGGCCGAGAAAGAGCGGUACGAGGCCAAAAGAGAAAGUCUGGAGGAGGCAGUGAGGAGCCACAGGGACAUGUUGCAGCUCCACAUGAGCGCCACUGGUGACGACGAAACGAAGAAGAGGUCCGUCAUCCUGCUGGGUCUCUCCGGCAGUGGGAAGUCUUCCGCCCUGAACCUGAUUCUCGGGAGAGCGUGUAAUCGAUACUCUGUUGACGAGUCCAGCCUCGAAGCGCCCCGGCCGACCCUGGCCUGUGAGAGGAGGGCGGUGUUGGCGGCAGGGGGGCAGCUCGUCCUGGUGGACACCCCCGAGCUGUGGGACGAAGACGGGGCGGAGACUCCGGAGCUGGUCAAGGACUGCUUGGCUCUGGCCCUCCCGGGACCCCACGCCUUCCUGCUCGUGCUCCAGGUGGGACGCUUCACCCAGGGCGAGAGCGACAUGCUGGGGCGCCUGCAGAAGAUCUUCGGUCGGGACUUUUCAGAGCACGCCGUCGUUCUGUUUGUCCGCCUUGGCGGCGAGCAGCGCGGGCCUCAGCGGAUCAACGACUACGUGGCCGGAGCUCCCCCGGCCCUGCGGGACUUGGUGCGGAAGUGUGGCAGUCGUUAUUAUGAGCUUAGUGUCACAAAGUCCCAGAAUGCCCUGGGGUAUCCUCAGGUGAAAGACCUGCUCUCAGGAGUGAACAAACUGAUUGCCUCGCACGGGGGACGCUCCUACUCAGUGAGGAGAUUUUCUGAGCAGGAGCUGCAGGAAAGGAAGAAAGUGAUCGAGGAGAGUAAAGAGGGGAGGAUGGAAGUUAACUACUUAUUAAGAGAAACUUGAUUUCUAUAAUAUACAUGCAGACAAAUCCAAUGCAACAGCCCUGCAAUAAAUAUGACCUCUCUGAA